AUGCCUCGACUUCGGCCGAACCAGAUGCUUUUGAUGCAAGCAGUUCGUCUUAGGGUGAAAGUUCCAGAGAGGAAUCCAAAGCCUGUGGACGACGCGAGGAAUGAAAUAUCCCACGAGAAUACCUCCUUUUCGGUCAUAUCUAGUACUUCCGAUACAGGCGAUUCAUCUGGAAAUAGGAAAGAGGACGGAAUUAGACCUCAGAUGAGAAGGAGAAAUACAUGGUGA